AUGGAGAAGCAGCAACUGGUGCAUUUACAAAGAUUAUUCAUUCAAGACUCCAGCCAGAUUCAGUCAGCGUUCUUGGGCGUCUUGUCUGCAUGUAGUCAUUGUGGAUUUGUUGACCAAGGAGCGGGAUAUUUUCAAGCAAUGUCCCGGAUCUAUGGGAUAACUCCAAAAAGAAAACCCUAUGCGUGCAUGCUAGAUUUGCUAGGCAGAAACAGAAGAUUUGCAGAAGCAGAGAAGCUGAUGGACGAAAUGCCCUUUGAGCCAGAUGAAAUCAUAUGGUCUUGCCGAGGGAGCAGCAGAACAACUCUUUAG